UUGUCUGUUUCUCCCAAGAAACCGUAAACUCCCUCAGGAUAGUGACUUUCCUUUUUGCCACUAAAUCCCAAAGGCCUAGCACGAAUGUCUGGAGUAUCUGUUGUUUAACAUGUAAUUACUGAGUAGGUGUUGAACAGAGUUGUGAUGGGUGUUACAUUUUUGUGUCUUUGGGCUGUAAGUAGCAGAAACCACAAACAGCAGCAGCUUUAUUAAGAACAUCUCAUUAAGUUUGGAACAAGGUGUCUGGAGCGAGCAGUCCCAGGCUUAGUGCCAUGGCUCAGUGGUAUCAUAAGCAUCUAAGCUCUUCUGCUCUUUGCUCUGCCAUCAUUGGCAUGGUGAUUUUCAUUCUCCUUAUGAUCGAAAGAUGGCUGCCAUACUCCAAGCAUCACAUCUUCACCUAUCGCUUUCAAAGGAAGGGAGUAAAAGAUAGAAAAUAAGCUAUUUUCUCUUUUUCAUCAAUAGGUUCAUCUUUUCCAGAAGACCUCUGUCCCUAGUUGUCUUUCUUUUGCACGUUACUGUUGAGAACUGGGUCACAUGCCCACUCUUAGGUAAAUCGUGACUCAUCCUGGUGCUUUCAGCUGAAGUCAGACUGCCCAGACAAAGGAGCUAUUCUUUUAGCAGAAAUAUGAGUGAAUAGUGGAUGGAUAAGAAGUAAGUGACAGCUGCUCCUCAAGUCUUUAAUUACGUUUUACUAAAACCCAGGACAACUUUCUCCAAAUCUGAGCUCUACCUCAGAUUGGUAACACUUAAAAUGCCACAUUUGUGAUCACAUAUUUCUCUUUAGUGUGGGCACUUCAGCAGCCUCUCUGGCAUGCAAAGCUGUAAUUGUUUGUUUCCAUCAACCACUUCCUCCUGGGCCAGAGAGCACGUUGGAUUCUCCUAAACUUCAAGGCAGCACUGGUUUCCUUGAAGGCAACCAAUGACUCUCUUAGGCAGAAGAGAGAGUCAAGUGUCAUCUUCUGUAGUCUUCACUCCUGGUAAGUUUUCUUCCAUAGCCAAAGUGGCAAGGAUUUUUCUCAGUGGACUAGAUGCAAUAAAAAGAAAAAAAAAAAAAGAUAAAAUUCUUUCUUAUGAACAACUUAAACUUUGAGUGGAUCCCAGUGCACCUAUUUUUUGAUAAAAAAUAUCAAGUUCAGUGGUAAUUAUACAAUUGUGGAAAUUUAGAUGAUAUCCCCAAUAAUCAGCCUUUCUAGCUCCUCCUGCAUUCUAUGCUUAUCUGAAAACUUUUUACAAACUAAAAAAAGAAAAUGAAAGGAGUCAAAUUAUUAUUAGAAACUUCUUUUUUCUUCAUUAGAGUUACAAUAAUGGUGACGAUGAUUAUCUUUUAUUGAGUGUGACAGGUGCUAUUGUUGAUAUUUUACAAAUAUCUUAGAUCGUCAUAUCAACUAUUAAUUAUUGACACUUUAUAUAUUAGAAACCUAAAUUCAGAUUUUAAGUAAUCUGCUCAGGCUCAUCAGUAGAGCAGGUACUAGAGUUCAAGUUUUCCUGAUUCCAAAAUGAUUGCUACAUUCUCCAUCAUGAACCAACUCCUCUUCCUUAGAUUCUCAUUGUCACCCCAACAUAUCCAUAUCCCGAAGUUCCACAGGGUUUUUAUUCAUCUCUAACUAGUUAAUCUUUUUGCCUUGGGGUUUUAGUGAAGUGGCCAUUCUCAUUCAUUGGCUGAGAUACUUACAGGCAGUGCACGAAAUUAUUAAUCUUUCUGGUUCAACAACUUAAGUCUAGAGCCUAUCACAUCUCACAUCAGCAAAUAAACACCAGGGAGGGGGAAAAAAAAAAGAAACACAUUAAGCGGAUAGAUGAAUGGGCCAAUCCUGUGGCUGAGGAGAGUAUUUCCUCUCUUUUCUUUGUUAGCCUAAUAGGUGAGGAUUGUGGUAAGAGGUUUUAAAAGCACCUGAGAAAGCAGUGACAAGUAGUGACUGCUCUGAGUUCACAUAAGUCUCAAGCAGCUUUGACUUUUCCCUAAAGAGUCAGGAGGGACCCUAACAAGUCUGGUUUAGAUGGAGGAGAAGAGUAAGAAGGACCACCGGGCUCUGCUCAACCAAGGAGAGGAGAAUGAACUGGAGGUGUUUGGUUACCGGACCCAGAAUCUUCGCAGAGCCCUGUGCCUUAUAACAACCAUGCUGACAUGUGGGGUUCUUCUGCUGGUGUUCUACUGGAAGCCCCAGUGGAGAGUGUGGGCUAAUUGCAACCCAUGCCCUUUGCAAGAAGCAGACACUGUUUUGCUAAGAACAACGGAUGAAUUCCAAAGAUAUACGAGGAAGAAGGUUAUAUGCCUCUACUUAGCGACACUGAAGUUUCCUAUAAGCAAGAACCCAGAAGAACCCCUGGUGGCUGACCGCCACUCUGUCAUUAACCAUGCGGUAUUGAAGCCAGAAUUAAAACUGCGAUAUAUCCAAGUGCGGAAAAUCAGGUAUGUUUGGGACUACUUGGAGAAGAGGUUUCAGAAAGUCGGCCUGCUGGAAGACAGCAACUCCUGCUAUGAUAUCCACCACACGUUUGGACUGGGCCUGACCAGUGAAGAGCAAGAGGUCAGAAGAUUAGUGUGUGGGCCCAAUGCCAUUGAGGUAGAAAUCCAGCCCAUAUGGAAGCUGCUUAUUAAACAGGUUUUAAAUCCAUUCUACGUGUUCCAAGCCUUUACCCUAACUUUGUGGCUGUCUCAAGGUUACAUAGAAUACUCUGUGGCCAUCAUCAUCUUGUCUAUUAUCUCCAUUGUCUUAAGUGUGUAUGAUUUGCGACAGCAAUCAGUGAAGCUGCACAACCUUGUGGAGGAUCACAAUAAAGUCCAGGUUACAGUCAUGGUAAAGGACAAAGGUUUGCAGAAGCUGGAAUCCCAUCUCUUGGUUCCUGGGGAUACUCUUAUUCUUCCAGGAAAAACUUCAUUGCCAUGUGAUGCUAUCCUGAUUGAUGGAAGCUGUGUGGUGACUGAAGGCAUGCUCACAGGAGAAAGCAUACCUGUCACAAAGACGCCACUGCCCCAUACGGAGAACACCGUGGCCUGGAAAUCCCACAGCUUGGAGGACUAUCGGAAACAUGUCCUUUUCUGCGGGACAGAAGUUAUCCAGGUCAAGCCGUCUGGGCAGGGGCCAGUGAGAGCAGUUGUUUUGCGAACAGGUUACAAUACUGCCAAAGGGGACUUGGUGAGAUCCAUCCUCUAUCCCCGACCUCUGAACUUCAAGCUAUACAACGAUGCCUUCAAGUUUAUAGUGUUCCUGGCCUUCCUUGGCAUUGUGGGUUUCUUCUAUGCCCUUGGUGUAUAUAUGUACCACGGAGUUUCUCCAAGAGACACGGCAACCAUGGCCCUGCUUCUCCUCACCGUGACUGUCCCUCCUGUGCUACCAGCUGCCCUGACCACAGGAAUCGUGUAUGCACAAAAGAGGCUGAAGAAAAAGAAAAUCUUCUGUAUUUCCCCACAGAGAAUCAAUAUGUGUGGACAAAUAAACCUCGUGUGCUUUGACAAAACUGGCACUCUUACGGAAGAUGGGCUGGACCUCUGGGGGACGGUCCCUACUGCUGACAACUGUUUUCAGGAAGUGAAUAGCUUUGCCUCAGGCAAGGCUUUGCCAUGGGGCCCGCUGUGUGCUGCCAUGGCCAGCUGCCACUCUCUGAUCCUUCUCAACGGGACCAUCCAAGGAGACCCACUGGACCUCAAAAUGUUUGAGGGCACUGCCUGGAUAAUGGAAGAUUGCGAUGCAGACUACCGCACAUUUGGGAUGCCAGGUUCAAACAUAAUAAUAAAGCCAGGACCAAAAGCCAGUUGGAGUCCCGUGGAAGCCAUAGCCAUCUUGCGCCAGUUUCCAUUUUCCUCAAGCCUGCAGAGGAUGUCUGUGGUCGCUCAGGUGGCAGGGGAGGAUCACUUCCAUGUGUACGUGAAGGGUGCCCCGGAGAUGCUGGCCAAGUUCUGCAAGUCUGAAACAGUACCCAAGAAUUUCCCACAGGAACUCAGGAAAUACACAAUACAAGGCUUCCGUGUCAUUGCUUUUGCCCAUAAAGGCUUGAAGAUGAAGAAGCUUUCAGAAGUAGAGAAUUUAGCCAGAGAGAAGGUGGAGUCAGACUUGACAUUUCUGGGACUUCUCAUAAUGGAGAAUCGCUUGAAAAAAGAAAGCAAGUCAGUCUUGAAGGAACUGCAUGAAGCCUGCAUCAGGACCGUGAUGAUUACUGGUGACAACCUUCAAACAGCGAUUACUGUGGCAAAGAAUUCUGAAAUGAUUCCUGGAGGAAGCCAAGUGAUCCUUGUUGAAGCCAAUGAACCAGAAGAUUUUGUUCCUGCCUCUGUGACUUGGCAGCUGGUUGAGAACCAGGAGAAUGGACCAGAGAAGAAUGAAACCUGCGUUAACAUUGGGAACAGUUCGGUGCCUGAUGGAGCGAGAGGGAGCUGUUACCAUUUUGCAAUGAGUGGGAAAUCCUACCAAGUGAUAUUUCAGCAUUUCAACAGCUUGCUUCCAAAAAUCCUGGUGAAUGGAACCAUUUUUGCAAGAAUGUCUCCUGGGCAGAAAUCUAGUCUUAUUGAAGAAUUUCAGAAAUUAAAUUACUACGUGGGCAUGUGCGGAGAUGGAGCUAAUGACUGUGGGGCUUUGAAAAUGGCUCAUGCAGGCAUUUCACUGUCAGAGCAGGAGGCAUCUGUGGCCUCCCCUUUCACCUCGAAAAUAGCCAACAUCGCGUGUGUGCCUCAUCUCAUCAGAGAAGGCCGAGCUGCUCUGGUUUCAUCCUUUGGGGUAUUUAAAUAUUUGACCAUGUAUGGCAUAAUCCAACUUAUUGGUGCAUCACUGCUCUAUUGGCAGCUACAGCUCUUUGGGAAUUACCAGUAUCUCAUGCAAGACGUAGCCAUUACCUUGAUGGUCUGUUUAACAAUGAGUUCAACUCAUGCCUACCCCAAACUGGCUCCUUACCGACCGGCAGGACAGCUCCUCUCUCCCCCUUUGCUGCUCUCAGUCUUUUUGAACACCUGUUUCACCUGCAUUGUGCAAAUCUGUGCAUUUCUCUAUGUGAAGCAGCAGCCCUGGUAUUGUGAGGUCUACAGAUACAGUAAGUGCUUUCUGGACAACCAAAGUAAUUUCUCAAUGAAUAUGAGUUUGGAGAGAAAUGGGACUGAAAGUGCAACGCUGAUUCCUGGUUCAGUUUUAAGUUUUGAGAGUACCACACUGUGGCCCCUCACCACCAUCAACUGUAUCACAGCAGCGUUUAUCUUCUCUAAGGGAAAGCCAUUUCGAAAACCCAUCUACACAAACUAUAUAUUCUCAUUUCUGCUGAUAUCUGCCUUGGGCCUCACAGUUUUCAUUCUGUUUUCUGACUUUCAAGAUAUAUAUCGUGGAAUGGAGUUCAUCCCAACACUGACCUCAUGGAGGGUUUCGAUUUUGGUGGCAGCCCUCACCCAAUUCUGUGUGGCCUUCCUCGUAGAGGAUUUCAUCCUUCAAAAUCGAAAGCUCUGGCUAUGGAUCAAAAAAGAAUUUGGAUUCUAUUCUAAAAGUCAAUAUAGGCACUGGCAAAAAACGCUGGCAGAAGAUUCCACCUGGCCUCCCACAAACAGAACGGAUUAUUCAGGCGAUGGUGAAAAUGGAUUCUACAUCAACCGUGGCUAUGAAAGCCCUGAACAGAUUCCAAAAGCGAAACUCGAGAUGGAAGGCCAAACCACAGAACAGCAUUUUUGGACCAGGCUGUAAUCAGAAUUAUUGUCAUAUGGGGUUAACAGCAUCUCCUUGCUCCCAGAAACUAACAUAUUGUGGAGAGGUGAUGACAGUCUACCUCUACCUUUCUUUAUCCAUCAGAGAAUUCAAGGUGCAUUUCUCGAUGUAUUGAACCUUGCAAAAAAGAACCUUAAAUAUGCUUAUUUUGACUGUAUCCUCCACUACUGAGGGAAAAACAUGAACUUCCUCGAUUGUCUUUUUUUUUUUUCCCCUUAAUAUUGCAUACCAUUAUCCUGGCGGAAAUGCCCAAGCUUUUAUGGUAGUGAAAUUAGUGGUAUGAACAUCAGUAGAAGGAAAAUUCAAGAAGAGUUUGGUCUUUGAAAGUUUCACCAAUAUAUCUUUAAUUCACAGACAAAUAAAAGAAUAUGGGGGGAAAAAGUCUUUCUAUCAAUAAAUUAUCACAAGUUUACUGAACCUUA